AAAACCUACCUGAGCAACAGAAGAGAGGGAGGGCUCUGGAAAGGUACGUAGCUUUCAGCUUCAAUAAGGCGCAUUUAGCAGUAAUAACUCUUUAUGUAGCCUACUUAUAACUCAAAUUCACAGGAAGAUAUAUUUUAUAAGUAAUUAUUACAAUGGCAGCGAGGGUAGGACUGGCCAUGAAUCCGCCGCAUACGACAGAAGAAAGGGCGGUUUUCACGCAGCUGAAGCCAGUGAGGAUGCCGGGAGCGGACGGCGUUGAGGAUGGUUCCGUGUUUGAGGACGUCAAACCCGGGAUUCGAUUAGAGUUGGACAAAUACCUCCCCCAGGUCAACAGUCCUCUCUUGAGUAACUUGAUUGACACUGUUGACAAGAAAUACAGACGAGAUAGCGCCUCUGUGGUUGACGAGUUCUUCUCAGAGGACAAAACUGCUGCCCCUUACAGCCUCAACAUCAACGUCAUCCUUCCCAGCACCACACACCUCCGCACAGGCCUCUACCGGUCUAACCCCAGGACUUUCACGGCGCAGCAGAUCAAGAUAGAGCCCGGGCUGGAGGUGCCCUGCUCCGUCCCCACCCAGGCCCUGCCGGACUUCACCUCUGUCUUCAGCGUGCCGCCUGUAGUCAACAACGUUUUCAUCAAACCAGAGAUGAGCUCUGGAGGAGUUGUAACUGGGGCCGCAGGGUCCCAGCAGCAGCACCAGCAGCAGCACCAGCAGCAAAAUUUGGAUACAGAGCUUCACAUUGGACCUCCGGCCCCCCAGUCGCAGGUCUAUGCCCAAAUGCCCAUCACCAGCUGUGCUGACCUCACCAUGACUCUGUCUCACGCCAGCCCGUCGUCACAUGCCUCCACUAGUGGCAGAACCAUGCUGAAUCUCGGCAACGGCAACUACAUGAUGGCUGAGCACCAACUACCCCAGCACCAUGGUUACUACCAAGCCUCUCCGGCCAACUCAUCCCAGCACACAGCGCCCCACAGCCUGCCACCCUCACCCCCAAACUCUCAGCCAGGGAGCCCAGACGGUCAGGCAGAGUUGCUCAGCUUAUCACCCCAACUUCAGCCUCCAUACCUGCAGAGUAUGGGAGGGAUGAAAGUGACGGGGUUGUCCCCGCAUGCCAUGCUGAUGACACACGGCCAGGGUGUCCUGACAGGUCCCAAAUACAACAGGCGGAACAACCCAGAGCUGGAGAAGAGGAGGAUCCACUUCUGUGACUACCCAGGCUGCUCCAAAGUUUACACAAAGAGCUCUCAUCUGAAGGCACACCAAAGGACGCACACAGGUGAGAAGCCGUACCGUUGUACAUGGGAAAAUUGUGACUGGCGUUUCGCCCGAUCAGAUGAGCUCACCAGACACUACCGGAAACACACCGGAGCCAAACCAUUCAAGUGCGUCGCCUGCAGCCGCUGCUUCUCACGUUCUGACCACCUGGCCCUGCACAUGAAGCGUCACCAGAACUAACUUAGACAUAUCUGUAUGUACAAACCAUCACGUUAUCACACGCAAAUAUAGCAGUAUCCAUACAUUACAGCCACCUGAACUUAACAGGCACAGUACCAAAAUCAUCCCUGUGCACCCAUGUUUAUUCUGGUGCUCCAUGCUACCAUAAAUUGAGCGAUAACAGGCAUCUAGCAGUAUCCAAAGUAGGACAACAACAAACACAGAUAGUGGCGUUUGCAGGUGGUGAACCAGUGAUCAUCACGUCUUUGUCGCUGCACCUACUGGUUGGUCAGGGUUUCCUGUUCAGUGAAGGGGUCUGAGGGAGAUAGACUGAGCUCUCCUGGUGAAACUCUCUGGCAUGUGAAAAGAGACAGACUCCAGCAGCAUCAUUAAUCAACCGUGCAUACGCACAGAUGUGUGUGUAUGUAAUGCGUAAUAACAUUGCCACGCAAAGUGUGGAAUUUACCAACUUGUACUUACACUUAGGAAUGUGUGUAAAUAUAUAAGCACAGGUCUGGCCAUGCUUACGAACACAAUCUAGUGGUAGAAUGGCAAUACUACAAAUAAAAAGCAUUUAAGAGUGUCGCAGUAUGCAUAACGCAAUCAACAUCCACAUAUGUCCUGUGUUUCCUUUUUUUAGAAAACACUCAAUUAGUCAUUUGUCUUAUUUUAAACAGACAAGUUGCCGAAUUGUUGUCAAACCCUAUAAAAGACAGCUGUGACAAAUGUUUGAAAUAUAGGGCAAUGGCUUAUCUUGGGUUACGGGAAGACUUGGCAAACAAUGCGCUCAAAGAUCGCGCUGAUCUGCUUGGCGAGGGCACAGAGUGGCUUCUAAGUAGGUG